AUGUCUGACGAUAUAAUUCUUCCAUCGGCCACAUCUAUGUCUACACUUACAAUUUCCGACGUUUCUCGCACCGGAUUUGGAUACAAUCCUUCUGUUGGGACAGCAUCCAAUUCGAUAACGUCAGAGACUUCCAACAUUCUUCUCAACAGAAAGACCAUCAGUCUUACACCGACUUCGGCGAAUUCCAUAUAUGAUAAGAACGUCAGCAGCAAGAAAAUCACCGAGAUCAGUCUCUCAUCGCUCUCAUUUCUUUUUUGUGAAAUUGUCAACUGGUCUCACAAGAACUCAAAAGGUAUCCAGGACCUAGAAACCAGAUUAAAUGGACUAGGCUAUCAAAUUGGACAACGUUUCCUAGAGUUGACCAAAUUGCGCGAAGGUUUCAAAAAUAGCAAACGUGAAAUACGAAUCAUCGAGGUACUCCAGUUCAUCCACGGUAGUUUCUGGAAAUCCAUUUUCGGUCGUGCUGCCAACGAUCUAGAGAAGUCACAAGAUGUUUCCAACGAAUACAUGAUCAUAGACAAUGCUCCGCUUGUAUCGAGGUUUAUCAGCAUACCGAAGGACUACGGCAAUUUGAACUGCUCGGCAUUUAUGGCCGGAAUAAUUGAGGGAGCGUUGGACUCAGCCAGCUUCCAGGCUGAUGUCACAGCCCAUUCUGUUCCGGUGGAUGGAUAUCCACUGAGAACAGUUUUCCUAAUCAAGUUCCACGAGCUGUUGAUGGUGCGCGAGAGUUUAAGAUUCGGUUAA